AUGUCUAAGAGGAAACACAAGACACUUAGCCUUGCGCCGAAAUAUGAGAUAAUUCAGAAAUUAGACAACGGACGAAGUCCAGUGCAGCUCGUCGCAGAAUAUGGAGUUGGGAGGUCAGCCAUCACAGAUAUAAAGAAAAAGAAGACCCAAAUUGCUGAAUACAUGAAUUCUCAUCAACAACAAACAACACAUCUGACUUUGAAGACGGCCAAGCACCCCAAUGUAGAGACGGCGUUGUACACGUGGUUCCUGCAGCAGAGGACCAAAAAUGUGAACAUUUCGGGCGAAAUCCUGCAAGAAAAGGCGAAAUUUUUUUACGAAGAAAUUACGGGCGGGACGACUUUGCGGCAAGUUCUGGUUGGUUGGAUAAUUUUAAAAAGCGGUUUAAAAUUCGUCAGUUAA